UAUAAUACAAAUGUCGACAUACAAUUAAGUACCUUAAAAGUGAUGAGCACUUCUGCUUCAUAUCAGGAGAAUGAACUAUCGAAACAAAUGGAACUUUUAAGUGAAAAUGAUAAAAAUCGGUGGAUUUUUUUCAAAAAUAUUGCAACGAAUCCCAUCAAUGAAUUAAAACGAAAUGAAAUUAUGGAACUUACUCCAUCUUCAGAGUUUGUUCUAAAAUAUACAGACGAGGAUGAUUACAUGCAAGUUCUAAAAGAGAUCUUUAAGCCUGUCGAUAAAUUGUUUCCGGAAAGUGUGAUUGAAUUUCUUAAUGAGUUUUUUUCAGAGUAA